AGCUUGGCACAUCUUUGCUUUGUUUCGAGCAAAUCGUCCUGCAUGCGCCAACAAAUUAUUUUUGCUUGACCUUUUUUUACCAAAUAUCCUUUAUUCCAUACUCCCAAGUUUACUCGAAAAGGAUAAUGUCGAACCAAUCGCUAGAAUCGUUUUACUCUACAAUCAAGGAUGCAAUUGGCGCAGGCAAUCUGUUGGGUGUCGUUGAUAGCGCGCGCGCUGGGCUAAAGCAGUACCCCAAGGAGGCCGAGCUGGCUAAGGUCGAGAUUGUAGCACUCAUCAAGUUGGAGCACCAGGGCGCGCACUGCCAAGCUGGUUCCAGCAAAGCAAUGGAGUACGAAGCAGCGUACUGCCACUUCACACUGGGGAGUUAUGCCGAUGCCAGAAACGCGCUGAAAAAGGCAAGCCCAGGACCGAAAACGGAUUAUCUGCUGGCGCAGAUUGCGUACAAGUGCGACCAGUUCUCCGAGUGCGUGGGCAUCUACAAGAGGCUUAUUGCCACGGCCGAGCAAGACAGCCAGGAGCAUACUGACUUGCUGCUGAAUUUGGCGGCGGCCGAGGCAGCAGAAGCCCAGCUCAGUGCCCAGGGCAACUACGAGCUGAUCCAAGAGGCUGCCGAAGUUCUUUCUGAGGCCAAGACGCUGGCGGUGACCACGCUUGCCGCAGACGGGUGGGCCUCGAAGGACAUCGAUGCAGAGACCGGCCCAAUUGACGCGCAAAGGGCGAUUGCUCUGCAGCAGCUUGGCAACGACGGCGAGGCGCGCAUUGAAUACACGCGCCUGCUCGCUGGCGGUGCGCUGGACGCAGGUGUCCGCGACGUGGUGGGCCACAACGCCGCCGUGCUGGGAUGCAUGGAACGGGCGGUUCAGAUCCCAGGGCGCAGCAGCAAGGCACUCAGCCACUCCCAGCGCGCGCUCAUGACGUACAACAUGGCUGUCGCCCAGCUCGCGCAGAACCAGCCGGCCGCAGCCCGCCGCUCGCUCAGGCGCCUGGGAAAGCGCUUCUCCGACAUGGCUGUUGCCAACGCCGGGCUCGUCUCCGCUGCGAUCUCGCUGAGGAUGGGCCAGCCCACCCAGGCUCUGAACGAGCUCUCAGCACUCGCACACAGCCAGAGUGCCACUGGAGGUACAGCCAUUGCGCUUGGGGACAACAGCCGCGCCGGCCAAAUCCUCUCCGAGUGGAUGGAGAAGGCGCAGGCCGUGCGGCUAGCACAAACCAGUGCCCCCGAGAAAUUUGCGCGCUACUACUUUGGCAUAAGCCUGCUGGCCGGCAGCCUCUCUGAGGACACCCGAUCCGAUGCGGCGGCUGGCACUUCAAUUGCAGCUGCUGCUGCCAGGCACUGCAGACGGAGCUCAGCAGGACUUCUGACUGUCGGCGACUGCGCAGCGCAAGCCGGCGAUGCGGAGGGUGCUCGAGAGUGCUUUGCCGCAGCGAAGAAGGCAGCGGCCAGCCAGGGCGCCGACGCGACCAGCCUGGUCUCGGCACACGCGUCCACAGCACUGGCGGCGCAGGGUGAUGGCAGCGGAGUCAGCAACCAGGCCGUCGCCCAGGCGCUCAGAGGCCUUGGUCGGCGCAAGCAGAUUGUGUCGGCUGUCCCUGGAGCCUCGCCCCGCUUUGUGCGGAAGCUGCAGCCCAGAGCCGGCGGGGCGCCGCAGAGUUUGGCGGCCACCAGGCGCGAGCUGGCUCGCAGUGGCGCAGUGGCGCCCGCCAAGAAGCGCACCGAGCGCAACCGCGCGCGCCGCCAGCGCAGACUUCUGAAAACGCCGCCCAAGGGCUACAGCCCAGCGCGCAAGCCCGACAGCGAGCGGUGGAUUCCGCUGCGCCAGCGCGCAAGCUACAAGGCACGCGGCCGCAAUGCCAAGCAGCAGAAGCUGCGCGGUGGCGCCCAGGGCGGCGCAACAGAAGCCGGGUCGGGACUCGGCGGCACCGGCAGCGCGCGCAUUGCUGGCGGGAAGGCUGCUGAAGCAGUGCCAGCCAGCGAGGCCAAGCCCGAGAAGAGUGUUGUCCCCGCGCCCUCUGCAGCGCCAGGUGCUGGCAAGGGCGGCCCCAAGGGCGGCAAGGGCAAAGCCAAGGGCGGCAAGGGCAAGAAGGGCGGCAAAUGGUAG